CCAUGCUGACACUUGAUCUGUGUGCAUAACAGUUGGGGUUCCUGCUAUAUUUGUCACGAACUGCUUCCUUGGUUAGCCUGUCAAAAACACUGUCAAUGGUCGCCCUGAAUCGACGUUGCUGGGGGAGUUAUUGAAUAAUUUCUCACCAAGUACCUCCACCACAGUACCUCCACCACAGAACCUCCACCCUCCUCCUCCCAUCAUGGACCUGUAUGAGGUCUUCACAGGAAGCAGGCUGGAUGUCAUCACUGAGGAGGUGCUGAGUGGAGACGAGGAGCGUGGGGAGGAGCACGAGGAGGAGGUGAAGGAUGAGGAGGUGAACAGGGAUCUCCCUACCAAAGAGGCCUUCGUAGUGGUGUCAGAGAGAACAGAGACUAGAGAGUUGUCCUCUACCUUCCAGCGUUUCUCCACGGAUACCAGCGACUCUCUAAGGUUUGAGGCGUAUGUCCCGUCUUCAGAUGAGGAGGGAACUCCAUCACCUGACAGCUCUGUGGACGGACACGAUGACGUGUUUGAGGAGCACAAGGAGUCGGAGGACAAGGUGAAUAACAUCAGGACUAAGCUGGAGGAGAAGGUGGUGGAGAUGGAGAACUUUGCAGGACAUCUAGAAGAGAUCUUCCUCACUGUGGAGGAGAAUUUUGGUCGUCAGGAGCAACACCUGGAGCAGCACUGCAAUGAUGUUCUACAGACGUUGUCCCAUCGUUACGACGAGCGAGCCGCUGCGCUGGGGGAGGAGAAGAAGAGGAAGUUGGAGGCCUUGUACACUCAGCUGCUGGGCUGCGGACGCACCCUGGACGCAUCCAAGGACCUGAUUGAGACCGCCCAGGAACUGUACCGCACCGAGGACAAACGACUCUUUCUACAGGCUGUUAUGCCCACCAUGAAGAGAAUUGAGGAAUUUGCGAAGGAGAAGCCUGACCUGACGCUGGUGACCCCUCUGGAGUUUGACAUGCCCCUCGCUGACCUGUCAGAAGUCAAGACCAUGAUGGACUCCAUCAACAUCGUACCAGCCCCAUCUGCCCCGGUCAUCAACCCCCAGGUGUCUAACUCGGCCACGAGGACGUCUCUGCGUGUGUGCUGGAGCCUGUUCUCAGACGACUCUGUGGAAUACUACGAGCUCUACUACAGACCUGUCCUGGAGGACACGCCGGCUGUCGACAGCACCAAGGGGCCUGACGUGUCUAAUGUGAAGGUAAAGGAAACCCACUGUAGUGUAGGAGAGCUGCUGCCUAACGUGCAGUAUGAGUUCUGGGUCACAGCUACCAAUACGACAGGCAUCAGCCCUGCCAGUGAGAAGGCUGUCUACGUGACAGUCCCAUCUCCACCAGUCAUCAGACAGAGGGAGUGUAGCAGUUGUCCGGAAGCCGCUCUGAUUCGCUGGGAGUCAGGAAACACCAACCCAGUCGACUCCUACACCGUAGAGCUGAUUGAGACAGGCACUGAUGGACAGAGUGGGGUCACUGAGUCCAUCGUGGCUGUUCCUACCUGUGAGAGUCUGAUCCAGCUGGAGUCAGGAAGACAGUACCUCAUCUACGUCAGAGCUGUCAACAUUGGAGGACCCAGUGACAGGAGCCAGGCUUUUACUGUCUCUACUACAGGAACCAUCUUCCACCUGCUGCAGGACACAGCCCACCCCUGUCUGUCCAUCUCUGAGGACGGCUUCUCCAUGUUCUACGGAGACGAGGAGCUCCCGCUCUCCGCCAUGACCUUCAACGACAACACCUUCGCCAGGUGUGUAGCUGUGUUAGGGGACCUGAUCCCUGUGAGAGGCAGACAUUACUGGGAGGUGGAACUGGACGAGGACACAGAGUACAGGAUUGGAGUGGCCUAUGAAGAUACUCAGAGAAACUCCUACCUGGGAGGAACAAAUACAUCCUGGUGCAUGAGACAUGUCCUCACCCCAUCCAGACACAAGUACGAGUUCCUCCACAGCGGCUGGAGCCCAGACAUCCGGAUAACGGUGAACCCUGUGAGGAUAGGGCUCAGUCUGAACUAUGAGAGAGGGAUCCUGUCCUUCUUCAACGUAGAGCUGGAACAACACCUCUACACCUUCUACUGUAGCUUCCAACGCUACGUUCAUCCCUGCUUCGCUCUGGACAACCCCGGUGCGCUCACUGUUCUCACUGGGGUAGAGGCACCGGGGUACGUCCACUUGGUCUGAGUUUACCUACCAUGAUGUACAGGUGUGUCCAUGGAAACGUCUUUACCUACCAUGAUGUACAGGUGUGUCCAUGGAAACGUCUUUACCUACCAUGAUGUACAGGUGUGUCCAUGGAAACGUCUUUACCUACCAUGAUUUACAUUUACAUUUAAGUCAUUUAGCAGACGCUCUUAUCCAGAGCGACUUACAAAUUGGUGCAUUCACCUUAUGACAUCCAGUGGAACAGCCACUUUACAAUAGUGCAUCUAAAUCUUUUAAGGGGGGGUGAGAAGGAUUACUUUAUCCUAUCCUAGGUAUUCCUUAAAGAGGUGGGGUUUCAGGUGUCUCCGGAAGGUGGUGAUUGACUCCGCUGUCCUGGCGUCGUGGGGGAGUUUGUUCCACCAUUGGGGGGCCAGAGCAGCGAACAGUUUUGAUGAUGUACAGGUGUGUCCAUGGAAACGUCUUUCUGUUGUCUGAUUGUUAUUCUAACCCUCUGGACAACACUGCAUGGUAGAGCACAAUUAUACUACAAAAACAUGUGUAUGACCCCUUUGUGUAAGUGAGUUAACAACCAUAUCUGAAUAAAAAAAACAUGUAUAUCA